UAUCCUAUUCCUCUUUACCCUCCCUUUCACAUCAAUUCCCCGCCCUUCUUCUUUCAUUUCACAGACAAUGGGACAAAUAAACAAUUUCCAGUGAGAGAAGGAGAGGGAGAAUUAGGGCAAAGUUAAUAGAUACAAGGAGAGGUGUUUGAUUUUUCUGAUCAGUAAAGCUUCUGCUUCCCUGAUCAUCAUCAUCAUCAUCAGAACCACCAAAACUACUUCCAGUUCCAGUUUAGAGAAAUGGGGAGAGGGAGAGUUGAGCUGAAGAGGAUUGAGAAUAAGAUAAAUAGACAUGUAACAUUUGCUAAGAGAAGGAAUGGUUUAUUGAAAAAAGCUUAUGAACUCUCAGUUCUCUGUGAUGCUGAAGUUGCUCUUAUUAUUUUCUCUAAUAGAGGCAAACUCUAUGAGUUCUGCAGUAGCUCCAGCAUGUUCAAAACCCUGGAGAGGUAUCAAAAAUGCAACUAUGGACAACCAGAAACAAAUGUAUCUGCUAGGGAGAGCCUGGAGCACAGUAGCCACCAGGAAUAUCUGAAGCUUAAAGCACGGGUUGAGACGCUACAACGAUCACAAAGGAAUCUUCUAGGUGAGGAUUUGGGACCGUUAAGUGGCAAGGAGCUUGAAUUUCUUGAAAAACAACUCGAUUCAUCAUUGAAGCAAAUAAGAUCAACUCGGACCCAAUACAUGCUCGAUCAGCUGACAGAUCUUCAGAGAAGAGAACAAAUGCUAAGUGAAGCUAAUAAGAGCUUGAGAAGAAGGUUGGAAGAGGGAGCCCAAGCAACUCAGCAACAAUGGGACAUGCAGCAUGGUGUGGGGUAUAGCCGACAGCAGCAAUCUGGUCAUCAAGCUGCUGAUCAAAAUGAAACGUUUUUCCACCCCAUUGAAUGUCAACCCACUCUACAGAUCGGGUACCACCAACAAGAUCAAAUAACUGUAGCUCAAGGGGCACCAAUGAGUUACAUGCCAGGAUGGUUGGCAUGAACACUGCUAAUGUUAGCUAGGGCACCUCCUUUAGCUAGCGGACGACACAAUAUAUGAUUUGUCGUUGAUCUUCAUAAGUGCAAGCUAGCAGAUUUCUUUGAUUUUGCAAUAAUAUUGUUUGUUUGAUCUAAAAAAAAGAACAAGAAAAAGGAUAGGAGUUGCUUCCCUAAAGAUGACACUUCUUUGUUUUAAGCACUGUAUUAAUAGUUUUGUUAUUGUUGUUGUUGUUUUCUUUUUUGGCUCUUUAAUUGUAAGUGUUUAGCUAAAUUAUACAUGCAGUAACUAAAUCCUACCCUUCUGAACAGUAAUUGUAUCUAAGAAGAUCAUAUUUGAUCAUUUAUGUUGUUCAUCAGUAGAUUUCUGUUUCA